AUAAACCCCUUAUCACUGUCUGGUUGUAAAAACCAUUGGACAUUAGAACAUGUGAUAAUCGCUGACGCUAAAUAAAUAAGGUAAGCACGAGAACAGCCUGGUACCCUUGGGAAAGUACUCUACCUGCAGUCUACUCCAUUGUAAUUUUCUUGAAAACAUCAGUUUCCCCACAUAAGGUACAGCAACCCAAGGACUUUUUGAAAUGGAGAACGUCUACAGAGAACAGAACGUUCCAAGCUACAACCCAGCUUACCCACCCCCACAGGCACACCCUGGAUACACUCCACAAGAGUACCUUCCUCCUGCCUACUCAGGAUCCAGAGUAGCUUCUGGAAACCCUGCUUCUGUCUCCCCAGCACCACCAGGGACAGGAUUCAUAGGGGGGCCCUCACUCCGACAGGAUGACCCUCCACCAGAGUACUCUAACAGCUUCGCUGAUGAACCAUACAAUGCUUUUUCUGAGAAGGCCAUUAGAAGAGCUUUUAUCAGAAAAGUCUAUCUAAUCUUGAUGGCCCAGCUAAUAGUUACUGUUGGUUUCAUCUGCAUGUUUGUGUACUGGGACACACUCAAUGUUUGGGUAUGGAAGAAUCCAUGGUUUACCUAUACCUUGAUUCCUAUGUUAUUUGUUCUGAUCAUUAUCUUGUCUUGUUUUGAAAACGCCCGCCGGAAAGUCCCAUUGAAUUUCAUUUUCCUUGGAUUGUUUACUGUUGUUGAAGGUCUGAUGCUUGGGGCUACAACAGUUUUUUUCACAGCUGAUGCUGUGAUGUGGGCUGUUGGAGCGACUGCAUUUGUAUCUUUUGGACUGUCAGUAUUUGCAAUGCAAACCAAAGUGGACUUUACCAAAGCAGCUGGAAUAAUUUGGGUUAUCUGCUUGUCACUCAUUGCAUUUGGAAUACUCUGUGCAAUCAUUCGAAGCCGUUGGCUGCACAUAGUUUAUGCUUCCAUUGGAACGUUGAUCUUUGCAGUUUAUCUGGUUAUUGACACUCAGAUGAUCCUGGGAGGAAAUCACAAAUACAGCACAAGUCCAGAGGAGUAUGUAUUUGCUGCACUGAACCUGUACCUGGAUGUAAUUAACAUGUUCUUGUUCAUCCUACAGUUAAUAGGAUUAAGCAAAUAAUGCCUACCAAAAAUCUCAUUGUCCUGUAAAUUGGAUUAUAAAUUAUAGCCAUUACUACAUGUGUGUGUUGACUUAACAACAGAUAAUUCAAAUUAUAAAAACAUCCAGUUACUUAGUCUGUUGUCAAUGAUUUUGUAGCCCAUGAUGGUUUUGCACUGUGGUAAUAAGAGAAAUUUGAAGAACACAUGAACACUGAACAGAUCUUAUUCCGAAUGCUUGGCUAGUACUUUAUUCUUUAAUUAAUAUAAUAGAAUACAUUCAUUUUAAUUGCUGCAAGUUCAAACAUGUUUUGUCCUUUUUAUCUGAGAAAAUAACUGGAAUGUCAAGUAAUGUUCAGAGGUAAAAAAAAGAUGUGGCAGUGAAAAGGUUAAUUUCUACUGGAUACUGUAAUGGUAUACUUUUAUUGAGAGAAUCAAUAAAUACAGCACGUAAA